AUGAUUUGGUAUGAUGGAGAGACCGAGAGAAGGAAGAAAGGAAGGAAGAAAAAGAAGGAAGGGUUGCGAAAGGAAAAACAGCUGUGCCUGGUGAUGGUGGCCCUGGCCGCCCUGAUGGGGUCAGCCCGAGCCAUGCCUGACCCCUACGCCCUGGCUGACCCUGACCCCGCGGCUGACCCUAAACACGGAUCUGGCGGCGGGGGUGGUCGUGGAUUUGGCGGCGGAGGUGGACGUGGAUUUGGCGGAGGUGGUCGUGGAUUUGGCGGCGGAGGGCGUGGAUUUGGCGGCGGUGGUCGUGGAUUUGGCGGCGGCGGAGGACGUGGAUUUGGCGGCGGCGUCAGUCUCGGAAUUGGUGGACGUGGAUUUGGCGGCGGUGGUCGAGGAUUUGGCGGCGGUGGUGGACGAGGAUUUGGCGGCGGCGUCAGUCUCGGAAUUGGUGGACGUGGAUUUGGCGGUCACAGAACUGGCGGCUAUGGAGUUGGCGGUGGCGGAUUCGGUGCGACUCCACCUCCUCAACCAUCUAAGACUCUACCGCCUCAACCAUCUAAGGCUCCACCACCUCAACCAUCUAAGACUCCACCACCUCAACCAUCUAAGACUCCACCACCUCAACCAUCAAAGACUCCACCACCUCAACCAUCUAAGACUCCACCUCCUCAACCAUCUAAGACUCUACCGCCUCAACCAUCUAAGACUCCACCACAUCAACCAUCUAAGACUCCACCUCCUCAACCAUCUAAGACUCCACCACCUCAACCAUCUAAGACUCCACCUCCCCAACCAUCAAAGACUCCACCACCUCAACCAUCUAAGACUCCACCACCUCAGUCAUCCGUCAUCAUCAACUUCCACCGCCUGAAGCUUCAUGGCUUCAGUACCUCCAUUAACACAAUAAUUACAAUGUAG